CUUGACGUCAAUUUCCUGCGACGGCGUCCACACUCGUUUCCUCGUGUGACCGGGUUCUGCCAAAUCUAUAAUUUCAGGUUCGGUGUGUGGGGUGGUGAUGAAGGUUUCUGAACCGUGAGAAACUUCCUUUCUUGCUCUUUUCCCGCCUGAGUCUGCUGUCUUUCAGGUCCGAUGGCCAACCGCCUGUUAUGCAGAUUUACCCACCUGCUCUGCAGGUCUUCCUCUCAGGCUCCAGCAACCGCUGCCGUUCGCCUGCUUCUUCCCGUGGUCGGACCAGCAGCCGUGUCCAGGCCUAAAGGCUGGUCGCGGAUCACAGAGAGAUUAAUGUGCAACAGUACAGCACUCUGUAAGAUUUCAUAUCCACGUGUAGCGCCAAAAUGUCCACUGGAAGAGCUGGUGGAAAAGGCACAGGCACCAGAGGAAAUCCUGUCUGCGUGGGAAAAGCAUGGAAAACGACCUAAUGAUGCCGCUUGGACUUUAACAAAGUGGACCUAUUUGAUGGUAAAAACGAGGGGGAAAUUUACCAAGUACGACCCAGAGCUGCUGUCAGAUUCAAGGCUCAAGAAUAUSAUGAAAACCUUAACUCAAAAAAUAUCAUUAGUGGUCAACUCCAGCCUGGUGACUGUGUUACAGACUUUUUGGAUUCUGAAGGUACCGUCCACCCACCCAACGUUCAGUUCUGUGCGUUCAGAGGUCCUGUGGAGAUUGCGCAGGCUGUCAGUAAAGCACCUGGCCAUCCUAGUGUUCUCGAGCACAGUCAGAGGAGUACAGGACACASAGCUGUCGAACUUGGCCUUAAAACAACUGGAGCUGCGCUGGAUUGAGAUCAAAGAUGCUCAAACUGUCACUAUGUUGCUAUCCACAGGACAGUCUUUGUUGCCUUCUUUACAGGACAAACUUGAAGACAAGGCUUUGGAACUCGCGGAGAGCUUKUCAACUGAAGACAUUCGCCAUAUCUGCAAAUCUUUGGCAGUUCAGAAUCGCAGAAGUGUCUCGCUGCUCAAAGCUAUGKCCUACCACCUCCUCCAGAAGCCAUCAGUGGAGUUCACCACCCCAAUAAUAAUGGACUUGGCCUUCGCUUAUGCGAAGCUGAACUUCCAUAAUUCUCAGCUUUUUCAACGACUGUCCCAUGAAUUGUUGCCCAGAGUUCCUGAGCUCAGGCCGUUUGAGGUCACACACUACGCAAAGUCACUGGGCUUCCUCAAAUGGCUCCACAUUCCUCUCUUUGAGGCCUUUGCUGAGCACUACACAGAAAACAGUCAAAUAUACAACCUUUUCCAGCUCUGCAAUCUGCUCAUGACUUUUGCCAGAGUGGCCUUCCAGCCCAAAAAAGGAGAGCAGUUUUAUAGCAAGGUUCACGAUGUGAUGGAGGAGUCCCUCGCAGACCUGGAGCCAUGUCUGAGGACAGAUGUUGCCUGGUCUCUGUGUGUGUUACAGCAGGCCAAACCUCACUAUCUCAUCCCGCUUUGUCAGCAAAGUCUUUUGACCAAAAUGUCCGAAAGCAAGCCAAGUCACGUGGAGACUUAUAAACUGAAGCUGCAGCACAUCGCGGCCACGCUCCUCCUGGAGCAUCCUGGUUCCUCUUCGAUCGUCCUGCCCAUCCCAGCCUCCAGCUCCAACCCGUCCGAGCUGGAGAUCAGUCUGAGGGAAGCGCUGCAAAGUUUGGUGGGUGGGAAAACGGAGAGCCUUCGCACCGGUGUUAACACUGUGUAUGGAUGGACGAUUGAUGGAGAGAUGGUCGUGGACUGUGACAACAAACCAAUUGACUUGUCGACACUGAAAGCCCCUCAUUUACCAGGUGGAGGAGGAGACCAGAACCUACCAGCAGGGACACGACGGUGCCGUAUUACGAKUGGCUGGAGAUGAAGACGGACUGGCAGAAACUGGCCUACCUGAAGGGCAAGAUAGGGAAGGCUGUGGCUGAGGACAUGGCCAAGUAAACUGAACAGCCUCCACUGAGUCAGCGUGGGCCCCACAGGGAACACACACACACACACACAUCCACCCACAUCCACGCUCGCAUCGGUGCGGCGUUGCAUAUUUGAGCUUUUCGUUCCCCUGGCAACAUGUGGGGCUUUCCCUGUUUCCAUAGUGACGAUGGUUUGGCUCAUAAGCGAGGCAGAAAUAAACACAACAGAGAUCUGAUCGAGGACCUGAUUCUUUACGUCUAACAGUUCUGAUGUUCACUGGAAUUUAGGUGAAAAAUGCUUCGUGUCAGGUUAGAAAUAUAUUCAAAUAAUUUAUCUCUGUGACCCACGUCAGCUUGUGAUGGAAUAAAGUGUUUUUAUAGUCAU